UGUUGGCUGACGAUGGCACUUCCUGCAAACCUAUUUUUUUUGCAAGUUUUCUUCAAUGCAUAUGCACAUGAAUGGACAUAUCAGAACCAAAAGCUCUGGCCUCCACAGUGCAAAGGACAUUCACAAUCCCCUAUAGAACUACCCUCUAAAAAUGCCGUCAAGACUCAUUUCUCCGACCUCAACUUCGACUCGACCGUCUACACCAAAAACCCCAUUAUUUUGAUAAAUUCAGGACACACCGUUGAAGCUAGGUUCGCCAAUUCCAGCAUGCACCCCACAGUUUCCGGAGGUGGACUCAGCGGAGAAUAUGUCCUGGAAGGUUUCCACUUCCACUGGCCUUCCGAACACAAAGUACCAGGUCACAAGUUUCCCCUAGAGGGCCACUUCGUCUUCUACGCCAAAAAGCACCAAAGCAUCAAAAACGCCCUCAAAACGAAAAACGGGGUUGCUGCUCUGGGGGUGUUCUACAAGCUGCAGAAAGGCAACAAUCCAGCCUUUGCUUCUCUUAAUAACGUAGAGAACAUUGCUCAUAGGGUUGAUGAGGGGAUUUAUUCGGAUUUUGAUGUAGCUUUGGCUGACCUUUUGCCCAUUGGUAGUAAAUUUUAUCGAUAUUACGGUUCUUUGACCACUCCGAACUGCAACGAAGUCGUGGUUUGGACGGUGUUCAUGAAGCCGUUGCAUAUCGGGAAGCAACAGUUUAACCAGCUGAGAAAAAUUUGGGAUAAACAUAAUAAACUGUUGAAAUUUAAUAACAGGCAGAUUCAGAAACUAAAUGGGCGGAAAGUGUAUGUUGGAGUCUAGAAUGUUACGUCGUUGCUACUCUAAGAUUAAAUAUGUAGGUACGUUUUGAAUACUACUUUUUCCCAAUGUAUUUUCAUGUAUACAACAUAUUGAUAUGAUACGUA